AUGGCUCUUGGUAGCCUUGCUGAGACCUUCUCUGACACUGAGUCUCUUCUCUCUGAUCCACCCACAGAUCUCGACGAUAUGUAUUUUGCAGGUGGACAGGAUCUGAAGAGAAUACCUCCUGCUGCCCACAGACAAUGCUUGAAGCGCAGUUUCAAUUCACGCUCAUACCUUGCUGACGAUCCCGUUGGCGACUCUUACGGGAUGGAUGGUGACUGGCAUCCUCCCAGGCAGCCGAGACGUUCUUCUCGUGUCCGCAGCCAGUUCGAAGGUGUGCCCAAUGAAGUCAGUAUUGUGAGAGCUGGAAGUGUGAGGUUGCCGCUGACCAUCGGGCAGAUCCUCAACAAGAUUGUGACCUUCCUCCCGGAUGAUCAGGAUCUCCACAACUUGAUGCUCACCUGCACGACCUUUGCGUACGCUUUGACAUCUUCCCGGUCGGCAAUCUGGCGUCAACGGUUCAACUCGGUCUUCGACUGGCCAUUCAUCGUCGACAUGACAGAUUUUGCUUCGGCCUAUCAGUUACGGAAAUUUGUCCUCCAGCAUUUCGUCGAGUUCACCGACCCGGACGAUGAGAGAUUGCAGAUCCAAUUGGAGGUCUUGAGAGAUAUGCUCCUGGAGUCCUACAAUCAGCAGUCCAAGCUCCUCCCUAGACCAUUGACCUCUCGCAACCUCGCAGCAUUUGCGUCAGAAAACUCUCCAUGGGCACGAAUAUUUCUGUCCUGUCCGUUCUUCCCCAGCCGCGGCGACCGAUACGGCCAAGCACAUUCCCUCUUUGACUCGAUCCAGGUUGUGUUAUCCCAUCUGCUAUUGUCACCGGCUUUCCGCAUGGCAUCCACUGUGAGAUCAUCCAGGACGAACUAUGACCUAGCCAUUGUGUACAAUUGGGGAAGCCCAUUGACUCUUCUGUAUCCGAGAGAGAAGGGGAAGGGGAAGGACAAAGGAGAAGAGAAUAAAAACUCGACACGAAACAGGACACGCAAUAAACGACACAGCGGCAGGCUACACAGACUACGUCAAACUGGCAGGCCGACGUAUAAACUCGACACCCGUUCUCUGCUCCACAUUCGCAACUUCUGGCACCGUCACCUUAUCCAUACCGCGAAAGGGUCCGGGGCGAGGGACACUCUCACCGAGAAUACCUAUGCGAAAAUGGCACGAGAGCUGAUGCGUCAGGGAAUCACUCCGAAGCCGUGGGAUAGGCCGCUCGCCGACGACUCAUUGCUACAGAUUCCCACCGAGUGGUACGGACACUAUUCCACACUGGCCAUUUGGCCGAGGAAGCGGCUGGAGCUUGAAGAGGUCCAAAGCCUGGCGGAAGACUGGCACGAGGUUGAUCCCAUGAAACUCGACUUUGCCAUCUCGGCGGACAACCAAGUCGACGGCUUCUGGUCGCCCAUCUUCAAGAGCGUACCGGCUUUUCAAAAGUCACUCCCCGACCUCAGCCAAUGCGUCUUCAUCCGCGGCCUCGCUCCUUUUGUCCAGCUAUCGCCCCCGAGCAAUUCUGCGAGGGCAUCCGACCCGGCGGAAUCGCAGUCCACACUCACGCUGCCGGCCGCGCCACAACUGUCCAAAUAUCACCCUUACUUGGCCCUUCGUCUCCGUGGCGUCGUCCACUCCAUCCCUGCCCAAGCUCUUACAGACGACGACGAGGACGAUGACAACGACACGAAUCAAGACCCCGGUCUACCGGGAUUCAAGCGCGUCGUGAUGAUCCUCUUCAAGCCCAGCAAACGCUACUUGAUCCAAGUCCUCGAGCACGCCGAGGGAGAGUACGGCGAGACAUACGCGACAGCGCUGACGGCGCAGAUGGCGCAAGGUAAUAAUAACAACAACACCAGCCCUGGCCCUGGCCUUGACCCCGCGCCCGCGCUCGCGCUCGACAACGCCGCCGAGAUCGACGCGCGGCUCGACGAGUACCUGCGCACGAAACUCGUCUCGAACCCUUUGUGGCGCGACGGGGCCAACUUUGACAGGGACGCGGUCGAGGAGAUGGAGGAAAAGUUCCGCCUCAGCGAGUACCUGGAGUGGAACGACAUUGACUACGCCUACGCGUACGAAGGCGCACUGCUUCCCGGCGGGAAGAUUAUGUUGGGGAAGUGGUGGCGCAUCACCAUUCUCGGCGACGGCGAGGGGUUGGAGUGGAGCGACAGACUGGGCGACCUGGAUGAGGUUGCCGCCGGAGAAGGACAAGGGCUCGACCACCCCAGCGACGGAGACGCCAUGGACCUGGACCUAGAUCCCGUCACAGGCAUGGGAGGUGGCAGUGGCAAUUCCGGCAACACGCACCAGCAAGGCGCAUCGAGCGAGGCUGGCCGUGAGACAGGAGAUGCGAGUCUCCACAAGAACCGCGAGCGCGGACCAUUUGUUUUCUGGUGUCGAUGA